AUGGAUGAAGAAAUAAAGAAAAGAUUAGAAGAGUUAAAGCAACAAAGUUUGGAGAAAGAGACAGCCGAAAGAGAGAAAAGAAACGAAGAAAGAAGAAAAAAGCGUGAAGAGGAGCAAAGAAUACAAGCAGAGUUAGGGAAAAUAGAGGAGGAGGAGAGACAAAGAAGAAAGGAGGAAAGAAAAAAGAAACGGGAAGAGGAUGAAAAAGCAUAUAAAGAAGAAAUGGACAAGUUAGAAAGUGGCACUAGAGAAGAGCGUGAAAAGAGAACAAAGGAAUUUGAAGAAAAGUCAAAGAGAUUAGAGUUAGAGCAACAAAAAAUUAGAGAAGAGUGUGAAAAGAUAAAAGAGGAAAGAAGAUUGCAGCAAGAAGAAAACAAAAAACUACAAGAGUUAUUAGAAAAGAAAGAUAGUCUUGAAAAAGAAAAAUUAGAAAGAGAAAAAGCUGCUGAACAAGAACAGGAGGAGAGACAAAGAAGAAGGGAAGAAAGAAAAAAGAAACGUGAAGAGUAUGAAAAAGCACUAGAACUAGCAACAAAAAUUAAAGAACUCGUAUCAUCCUUACCAUCGUCCGUACCAUCAUCCAACAAAACAAGAAAAAAUAUAGUUUGGGAAGAUCAUAUUAUCUCAUUUAUGCUUGAAAUAAUUGAUGCUCACAUAAAGAAAAAAAAACAAGUUGAGGUUCAAAAGAAGAAGAAACUCAUAGAUUGGGCAGAAAUCAAUGGUGAAAUGCUAAAAAAAUACCCAGGUAUCCCUUUUACAAAGGAUAAAUGUACAAAUGCAUACAACCGUUACAAAGAUGAAAAAAAGAAUAAUAAUAAUAAUAAUAACGAUAAAGCCACCGCAUAUAUAACUGAUAAUAUGGGUGACCACUCAAUAGAUGAAAUCACAACCACCACAACCACAACAACCACAACCACCACCAUCAAAAAAAAAAAACUAAUUUGUAAAUAA